AUGGUCUACGUUGAACGACCUUCUUCGGGCUCCGUCAGGAGCCCUACACCUGCACAUACGCCUCAAUACUCUCGGCCAUUUGGGCGCAGCCUGCGCAGCGCGACGCCACUCACAGAUACACCGGCUACAAGCGCGAGUGUCGGCAGAGAAGGCACGCCGGCUUCGGACAGAAUUUUGUCUGGCCGCAUCAAGAAGACGCCUCGCAAGACGGUUCUUCGGAAGGAAGAUGUGCUGAGCGAAAAGGAGAAGGAGGAGGAGCGACGGCAACUGGAUGAUAUGAACGAGGAAAGAAAGCUGUUCCCUGGAAGCGACAACUGGGCCGACGACGAACUGAGGCUCUUCAAGAUUCUCUUCAUGAGACAAUACAGCCCCCUGUUACCAGCAGAUUGGCAGAUGAGCUUCCGUGGCAUUCCAAUUCCCGACAUUCUGUUCGCAAGCUCCAUUGCUCACCCGCCCAUCAUCAAUUCCAGGUCUGAUAAUGACUAUAAGGCUACGAAAGCUUUGACCCGGCUGAUUGAGUUGACGAAAGACGUUCGAGGUCUUGCUCAAACUGGCCAAAGGCACAGAGCAAGCGCACUUAUUGGGAAGAGGCUCCAAGAAUAUAUCAGGUGGGCCGAGCAAGACGGAAACUACGCAAACCUCGACUACGUGCCAAACAUUAUCGUCGAUGUUGUAGACACUUCAAAGACGCCGCAAGAAAUCGAGGAGCACAUGCAACAACGACUCAAGAUUGCAGCUGUGGCCCAGCAAGCACACUGGAGAAUUGACCAGCCGGGGAACGACAGUGAUGGCGAGAUCAAGAAUGGAGAGCAGUCAGACCGUGACCCGGAAGAAGUCGAGCCUGAGGAUAACCAAAUUGUCCUCGUCCCAGACAAGUAUCCUUCACCGCAAAAGGAGGACUUCCCUCCAUCAACUCCGGCGCACAAUGAGACCAACGGCAACAAUACUCAAUACCACAAGAGUCCAGACAAGAAAGCCAAUAAUACGAACGAGCUAGUCCAACAUUGGAGCGAGAAGUUCGAUCGCCAGCCGCCUGUCGUCUAUGGACUAUUCAUCGUCAACACUUCUGUCAUGGUUCUCACUGUCGACUCUGCGAAAGAGGAAGAAGCGUAUGUGAGCUAUCAAGUGGAAGUAGGCUUCAGCAAACGUGGCCAGGACGUAUGGAACGCGAUAACCAUUGCCAUCGUCGUCUGCAUGGCAAGAGACGGGAUGAUUGACAUGAAGGAUGAAUUUGAGGAUUCGAUCAUUAAUUAUGAGAGCGACCCUGACGCUUGA